AUUUAUAAAUGCAAUAUGCAGCCACGCUGGGCUAAUGUUUGCAAAUUUUCGUAAAUCUUUAAGUAAAUAAGUACAUAUUUACUUGAUAAGUAUUUCAAAAUCAAAAUAAAGAGAAGAAAAAGAAAAACUUCAAUUGGUUCGUCAUCAAACACGAACCAUCAACAUGGCAUCAAAUCCGGAGCCCAAACUGAACCCGCGACGUCAAUGGACCAGCCGAGAGUGUGAAAGCAUUCUCAAUUUUAUGCGUCAUCAUCCCUUUGAGCAGCCCACGACUGUGGCGUAUUACAAGAUGAUGACUCAGGAAGUUAAUCCCGAAUUGGAUUAUAUUCUGGUGCGCUGCAAAGUGGCCAACAUGAUCAAAGGCUAUAAGCGCGCCAAAUUGCAAAAGUUGAAGAAUUUUCCAUAUUAUAAGCAGUUCCAGGAAAUAUUCAAGAAGCCAAAGCCAGUGGUGGAACGCUUGAAGCUGAGCCCCAGUCAAUUAGAUGCAAUGACUUUGGAGGAUACCGACGAUAAUGAUGAGGAUAGAAAGUUAUUUCAAUUCCCACAGACGGCAGAAACCUCCGCCCAAAUACACAGCGAACAUAUCAUCGAUCCGGAAAGCAUUGUCGAGAAUCCACAAUGCUCGGAAAUGCUGGAGCAAACAUUAAACCAGGAAUUCGCCCAUUCAGAUAUUAAUCAAGUGCCGUUGCAAAGCAAUACAAUCAACGAUCCCCUCGACUUGAAUGCCCUUCUUAAUACUAAAAAUCCGCAAAGACGAAAGUUCCUGCUUGACCAGGAGGUCAAAAUAAUGGAGCUCAAUCUGCGUGAAAAGGAGCUCCGUUUAAGAUUUUUCGAGGCCAAAACCCAUGGGCAAUUGGUGCGUCUCAAGAUCGAAUCGAAGGAACGCAUCGCUAUGAAGAAACUAGCGCUUAAAUAUGGAAGAGAAUAGAUUUAGACAAAUUUAACUUGUCAUGUUUAUAUCAGGAAUACGUACAUUCUCAUACUUAUUAGUUUAGUCUAGGCAAAUAAAUUCCAUUAAUAUUUUGUUUGAAACGA